GGCGGCUGCACUAUCGAGUUUCCCAUUCGAUCGCUCCUUUCUGUUUUACACCCAUAAAAUCCAAAAGGUAGCAAGCCCAUCCCAAAGCAUCUUCAUCUAUCUCUUAUCUCGUAAACCGUAGCACACCACCACCAUCAUCAUGAUGCACCAAGACAACUACAACCAUCUCCCUUACGAACGAUUGGCAUGGCAGUCUCCGAACAGCACCAUGGCCAUGCCAGUCAGCAGUAAGGCGAGCGACCGUACCGCUGACACCGGAGGCUGGUCCAUGACAGGCAUCGCCUAUCCCGGCAAGCACGAUGUGAUGUUGGGCAGGGGAGGAGAAUCCAAUUAUCAUGCUGGCAACCUGACCUUUCGAAGCUUUAUCCAAGAGCACAAGAUUCGAUACCAAAAGGCCCGCAAGCAAGAGAAACCCAUCAUUGCCCUGGAGGUUGUCUUGGCGUGGCGUGAACUCAGCCCCCCUGGACGUUUCCUUGCCAGGGUCGACCCCAGCCGAGCAGACAGUCUUUGGGAGGAUGUCGGCGACGAACAGGCUUGCAAGAGAGCUGGAAGAACUCUUGGAGAAAAGUCUAGUAACAAGACUUCACCCAAACGAAAACAUUCCAGCAAAAGCAGCGACGCUGAGCAAACAAAGGACAAAGGUGUUGCCAGCAUCGAGCCCGUCCCGAGUCGACCCAAGACCCCUCAGGAAGGACAGUCGGUCAACAUCUUAUCGAGCAAUUCGGUGGAAGAGGAAGGACGACCCAACAAGAAACGCAAGCUUCGGGCUCCAUCUCCGGAUACCACAGCGAGCGGGGCAUCAAUGUACAGCGACAAGUCCUCCCCCAUUGUCACCCCCGAUAACACGGUCACUCUGGUGGAAGAAAGCAGGGCGAUGGCGUUCCUAGAUACGCCGAUGUACACUGCCAAGCCACGCUCCCAGCAGUUGAUGGACGACCUUCCGACUGCAGAGUUUUUGACUCAGACUGUCGUGUUUGAUUGAUUCAACCUACCUACCUACCUACCUACCCACCUACCUGGUGGCUGAUCAAUCUAUUUGUUGCUGCAUCUACUGUUUCCCCCAUUGCUAGACUCUUCUGCCGGCGUCUCCUCUCGCUGCUGCAGACAACCCUCCUACAUAGACCAAACGACGCAUGCUCCCUUUCGAAACAAAUCUCCGGUGGUUCAUAUCCCUGGAGUAUGUACAUACAGUACUUGGAGCAUGCUUGCAUACAUAUUACCUCCCUGUCUUCCUGCUUCUUGACAACCUUGCGGCUGACCUCCUUUGGAUUUUGGAACAUCGUCAGGUAACGUCACUACUAGUAGGAAUUACAUGCUUUUACCAAGACGUAC